AUGCCUGGUAAUAGGACUCAUGAUGAAGAACCUAUAAAAGGAGCAGAUCAAAACAAGAGAAAGGCCCCAAAAGAGGAAACGUUGAAAGCGGUAAAAAAAGCCAAGAAAGAUAGUAUACGUAUACCAAAUAUUGCACAGGAACUAGCCAAAAACAGGAAUCAAGUAAAAGGCACUUCGCCGUCUCCAGUAGUCAAGCUAUCGUCUUCACCGUUCCCUCUAGUAACUGAUGGUAAAGUUUCCAAGAGCGAGACUGAUACGGAUGUGGAUGAUUCAUCUGCGACAAGCGGUCAGGUUACUGUAAAGACCGAGAGGCUCAGAAUUUCUUCUCUUCUUUCUUCUGGUGAGAAUCAAGAUGGGAAUUCGUUGCAAAGCCAGAGUCCACUUCCCCAAUCUCCAUCAGAGCAACCUAGGCUUUCCUCACUCCCCCCAAAGGUUAUUCUGCCGACUCAGAAGUUUGGCGAGAGUGCAUUAGAAACUAAAGGCUCACCGAUUGAUCCCAGCAUCCUAGUUGCUCGAAUAAGUUCACCAGUACACUUGCCACCCGACAAAUUCCGAGGAGCACUAAAGAGGUUUCAUAGUAUUGGCGCAGUUGACUGUACUGAAAAGGUUGAGAGCGAAGGUUUGACAAAAGCAACAGUACCGUCGAAACUUAAGAGUGAGACUACACUUGAAGUCGUCAAGAAAGCUUCCAAAAAACCAACCACCUCCAAGAGCACCUCCCAAAAGGUCACUUCCAGCGAAGGAGCGGCGAAGAAAGAUUCAGCUGCCACUAGUAAGAACGCAGACACGAAGAAGAAGACUGCUGCGAAGAAGGCUUCUGUAAAGAAAGAGCCGGCCACGAAGAAAGAACCAGGCUCAAAGAAGGAAUCAACCGCUAAGAAGGAAUCAGCGACCAAGAAGGAAGCAACUGCCAAGAAGGAACCAGCUACAAAGAAAGAGCCAGCUGCCAAGAAAGACCCUGCCGGUAAGAAAGAACCAACUACCAAGAAGGAGCAAGGUGCCAAAAAGGAAACAAAUACCAAGAAAGAAUCUGGCGCCAAGAAGGAGACAACUGGGAAGACAGAAGCCGCUGGAAAGAAAGAAUCCAGUACUAAAAAGGAAGCUAGCGCCAAAAAGGAGACAACUGGGAAGACAGAAGCCGCUGGAAAGAAAGAAUCCAGUACCAAGAAGGAAGCUAGCGCUAAAAAGGAGCCAAGUGUGAAGAAGGAACCUACUCCAUCAACAAAGGCUAAAACACCCAAAAAACUAGUCGCAGCGCCUCCAAUUAAGUCUCCAUCUCUUUUAGAAGUCUUUGAGCGUGGCAAGUCGACGAAAGAAGCAGAAGAUCCAACAAUAAUUUUAGAUAUUCCUCUUUACUCUGCACAGGACAAUGAGUAUCUAGAUGAGAAUGGUCAAGUGGUUUUCAAUGUUUGCAAACUAGUUCAUGAUAAUUUGACGGCUCAAAAUGGACAUGGAGGUGCAGAUGUUAAAGUAGCAAAACGAAACCUUUUAAGCCAGCUCAAUGGUGGUAGUCGACAGAUUGAAAGCACAGAAGAUGAUGAUGAAGAAGAUAUCGUUGAAGUAGACGACGAUGGUGAUGAUGAUGAGGAGGAUGAAGGUGAAGACGAGAAGACUACUGCAUCGCCCAAAAAAAAAUCACAUCCAAAUAAAGGCAAAAGUCUGAUAGGUAAAUAUGAUACUGAAGAUCCAUUCAUCGAUGAUACUGAGCUGCUAUGGGAAGAGCAACGUGCUGCGACAAAGGAUGGGUUUUUCGUCUUUUUCGGUCCUCUGAUUGAGAAGGGACAUUAUGCUAGCCUUGAGAGGGCUGACGGGACGAUGAAAAGAGGUGGUGUAAAGAAUAAGUAG